ACAUCACAUCUCAAUCGCAAGCAAAGAUGGCCGCGUCACAAGUAGUUUUGUAGUUCCGAAACGGAGACGUUUGUUUACGGGCACUAUCACACCGGACUGGAUCUCCGCCAACAUUCGUGCAGCUAUAUAUAUUCACAGGGACUCCGAAGCAAUGCAUUCCACCGACAGCGCCAAGUGCCUGGGCAGCAAAUCCCUGGCAAUCUGUUGCCUGCUCCUCCAACUCUUCCUCUUCCCCCAGCCAGCGGUGUCACAGACUCAAAGUUCGCCACGCUAUCUGCAAAAUGUGGACAACAGCAACGAACGCCUGCAGCAGAUUCUCAAGGGAUCCGGAGCAGGAUCGGCGGUCACGCAGCUUAAUUGGCCACAACCGCCCAAACAAACCAUUACCGAUGUUAAGACUGAGCUGUUGAAAUUGAACAACACUUAUGUUUACCAAAAUGCCUGGCCGGCGAACAAUGUCAAGCUGGGAGCCGUGACAGCCGUCAGCUUCGACAAGGCCGGCAACGUGGUGAUCUUCCAUCGCGUGGACCGCAUCUGGGGUCAGACCACCUUCGACAUCAGGAACCAGUUCCAGGAGAAGAACCGCGGACCCAUCAGGGAGAGCACCAUCCUGGCACUGGAGCCGGCAACGGGCAAAGUGCAAUACGACUGUGGCAAGAACUUCUUCUACAUGCCACAUGGCCUGACAGUGGACCCCGAGGACAACAUUUGGCUGACGGAUGUGGCCAUGCACCAGGUUUUCAAGUUCCCGCCACGCGGAGGCGAUGGAAAACCACUGCUUACUCUCGGCGAGGCCUUUCAACCCGGCUCCGGGCGGAGAUUCUGCAAGCCCACCUCCGUGGCGGUCUUGGACAACGGCGACUUCUUUGUGGCCGAUGGAUACUGCAAUGCCCGCAUCCUCAAGUACUCGCGAGCGGGCGAGCUAAUCCUGUCGUGGGGACAGAACACCUUCUCCGGCAUAUCCUUCGACGUGGCGCCCCAAAACUACUUAGCCAUUCCCCACGCCCUUACUCUCGUUCCGGAGCUGCAGCUGAUCUGUACGGCGGACAGAGAGAACGGACGGGUGCAAUGCUUCUCCUCCAUUAACGGCACCUUCCACUCACAGUACCACAGCCAGCUGAUAGGGGACCGUCUCUUCAGCAUGGACUACACCCCGGCAGCGGGUGGGCAGUUGGUCAUUGUUAACGGACCCACCGCCGAGUUGGGGAUCCAUCCCGAACACUACAACGAGGUGCACGGCUUUGUGCUGAGCAUGCGAAGCAAGCAACUGGUAUCGAAAUUUGGUCCCAAUAACCAGGAGUUUCAGAACCCGCACGAUGUGGCGGUCACCGCCGAUGGCAACGAGAUCUAUGUGGCCGAGCUGAAUCCAAUGCGCAUCCACAAGUUCGUGCACAGAUCGCUUGCCAAGCCGAUGUCAUUGUCGGCCACUAGGGACUCCAGCAACAGCGCAAUCAGCCGGGCUGUGGGAGAGGCGGAGGCGCCGGCGCAGACUGUGCACCACCCCAGUGGCAAGGCCAUUCUGGUGGCUUCGCUUAUGCUCCUCUUCGCCGGUUCAACCUUUGCCCUGGCUCUGAUUUUCGCCCGGCGAAGGAAACGAGGUAACCAAGCAAUCAGCUCUGCUCCGCCCAGUGACCUGGUGUACCGCCAACUGACUGCUUCCAACCAGAGUUGUCUACCCUUUGGAGCCCGCAGUCGUCGUCACGCGUGGGAGAAGAGCGAAGGCUUCAAGCUGGGCGGUCUGCUCGAUCGGGAUCGCAAUGGAUUUGAGAAGCUGGACCAGCAGGCCAGCGAUGAGGAGCAGGAGACGAAGACGCUGGCGAGCGCCCAGUUUGCCUAAGCGAUGGACCAAGACUUACGCAGCUAACGAAGCAUUCCUAGUUCUAACUACCUGUACCUCAUUGAAAUACCGACUUAGUUGUACUCGUCGUGCUAUGCGUGUUUUUUCGUUGUGAUUUAGAUUCACUUUUUGUGGGGGCACAUUCUGCAGAGAAAUUCACACUAGGGAGUAUUUAUUUUCGAUUUAAUUAAAGGUUGCUAGGACAUUCGAAAGAUAUAUUUUUAUCAAUAUUUUUAGAGUUACUUUAAAGCGAAAUAGGUUUAAAAAAAAAGGCCAAUGCUACUUAUAAAUAUUUUAUAAUAUUGGAGUGCCGAAUGGUACCCAUUUUAGGGUGAUAAAAAACUCCAUCGACUUUAGUCGUUAACCUCUACUUAACUUUUUAAACAGGUGGAUUUUUAAAAGAACACUAGGAUCUUAUGUCUUUAUUUAUUUAAAACUAGUUUUGCAGAACUAAAUUGAAAUUCUCUGCCGAACGUGUCUCCUCUCUUGCGAUUGAUUUGCCAAAUGGAAUAUAGUCUUAUGAAUCUGUCA